AUGACCGAAACCUUGAAAACUGACCAUCUAAUCUCCAUCUCCGAUGAUGCCGAACAAGUAACGGAUGACUGGUCUGGGUUGAGUGACCCGACCGAACGCCGUCGGCGACAGAACCGCAUAAACCAGAGGGCUUACCCGAUUGCCAUAAACCAAAGACGUCCACCUCAAGAGCCUAGUAACACCCCCUCGUUCGACCUCUACCGUCCAAUCACAAGACCGUUCUUCCCAAGACAAUCCGAAAGUCAACUUCUGUCGCAACCCGAACUCUUACAAAGUAUUCUGGCGACAUUCGCCAAGUCAGCGUAUGAAAGUUACGCACGGGGGGACCCGACCGCCGAUCAUCUUAUGACAUUAACUAAGGUUAACGUCUUUCGAGCAUUCGCCGAGAACUUGCGAUUAAUCGGUUGGUCGGAGUACCGGAUGGAUGACGGUGCUAUUUCACUUUUCAAUACACCCCUGCCACAAAAGCCACCUACCUCGGACGAUAACAGCCUCAUUCCGGCCAACCUGCAGCCAACUCGAAUUCAGAAAAAGAUAUGUCAUCACCCAUGGCUGGACUUCUUCCCUUUACCCAAGAUGUGCGAUAAUCUCAUCGAAGCCGGGGAUAACUGGGAUGACGAGGAGCUCUGUCACGAUAUCAUGGGUUUCUGGGGCGAGUCAAUGGUGGAUGCAGGGAUGCUAGUUUGGGGGGAGCCUUGGAACGUGCAGAACUGGGAGGUGACCGAGCCAUUCUUGAAGAAAUGGCAAUGGGUUGUUCGAGGGUGCCCCGAAUUGAUGGAUGCGACAAAUAGUUGGCGUGCUCGUCGAGGGGAGAGACUAAUAUUCCGCUAUAUCUGA